UCAACAUCAAUCUCAACGCGUUUGUGUUAUCCAAUUUUUCUGGUCACUGUUUAUGAUUACUGUUUUUUUUCAUACUAAAAUGUUCAAGUAUUUUUGACUAGAUGUCAACUGUUUAAGUGUGGGUUUAUCCAGUAUUAAUCAACGUACUUCUUUAAUCAUUAUCUAAUUGGUUUUGUUUACAAGGGAAGCUUAUUUGGAUUAAAUGUUUUAGUAUUAGAAGUUAUGUAAAAUCGAUAAAAUCGAUUAAUUGUUCUGUGAAGAGAGAAUCGAUUGAUGAAAAUCAUCCUUCUCUGUUGUACAAGAAGAGAAGCAGCUUGAAGAAAGACUGUUGAAUUGCGCAGAGCCCUUCAAUCUUUCCAACCUUAGCAUCAGAAUUAUUAUUAUCAUUACAUUACUCUUUGACAGCAUCCAUCAAUACAACAUAUACAUCCAUAUAACCAGCACCAGCACCAACACCUCAUCCUUCUCCUACAUCACCACCACCGCCACCGCCACUUUCAUCAUUACCACUAUCAUCAUCAUCUUUUCACAAGUAAAAUCGUAAAUUAUCAACGCUAUCAAAAAUGAAUGAAUUGGAUAAUUUGAGACAAGAAGCAGAAACCUUGAAGAAUACAAUCAGGGAUGCUAGGAAAGCAGCUUGCGAUACUACUCUUGUCCAAGCAACAAGUAAUAUGGAGCCUAUUGGCCGAAUUCAAAUGCGAACAAGAAGAACACUUCGAGGGCAUUUAGCCAAAAUUUAUGCCAUGCACUGGGGCUCAGAUUCUAGCAGAUACCUUGUAUCAGCCUCUCAGGAUGGUAAAUUAAUAGUUUGGGACGCAUACACAACAAAUAAAGUCCAUGCCAUUCCAUUGAGGUCUAGCUGGGUCAUGACUUGUGCCUAUGCCCCAUCAGGUUCUUAUGUUGCCUGUGGUGGCCUCGAUAAUAUAUGCUCGAUCUACAGUUUAAAAACAAGAGAGGGAAAUGUUCGAGUUAGUCGUGAGCUACCAGGGCAUACUGGUUACUUAUCAUGCUGUCGUUUCUUAGAUGAUAACCAAAUAGUAACCAGCUCAGGCGAUAUGACCUGUGCUCUUUGGGAUAUUGAGACUGGUCAACAAUGUACAUCUUUUACUGGGCAUACAGGAGACGUCAUGUCCCUCUCAUUAUCUCCUGAUAAUCGCACAUUUGUCUCUGGAGCUUGUGAUGCUUCAGCUAAGUUGUGGGAUAUUCGAGAUGGUCAAUGUAAGCAAACUUUCCCUGGUCACGAAUCUGACAUAAACGCAGUCACGUUUUUUCCAAAUGGCUAUGCCUUUGCAACUGGAUCAGAUGAUGCUACUUGUCGUCUUUUCGAUAUUAGAGCAGACCAAGAGUUGGCUAUGUAUUCCCACGACAACAUCAUAUGUGGUAUUACCUCAGUCGCAUUCUCAAAGAGCGGUAGACUUUUAUUAGCCGGUUACGAUGAUUUCAACUGUAACGUCUGGGACUCUAUGAAGGCAGAAAGAGCUGGUGUAUUGGCUGGUCACGACAACCGAGUUAGCUGCUUAGGAGUGACGGAAGACGGAAUGGCAGUGGCUACAGGAUCAUGGGACAGUUUCCUCAAAAUCUGGAACUAAUUUUGUCUAUUGAUCAGCAAUCAUUUAAAAAAAUCAAUUACCCAUAUGAAUGGAUCAUGUUCUAAAUAACAAUUUCAUCCUUCUUCUCUAUUUACCAAUUUCCCCCAAAUAAAUUUUUUCGCUCAUUCUUACCACUCGACAAGUUCUCCAAUUUAAGUCUACUCAGAAAAAAAAACUGCACAUCUCCCAUCUUAAUCUUGUAUAAUCGUAAUUUUACUCUGUACCAAAACUCAAAUUACCUCACAACCAAUUAACCAUUCAUUCGUUCCCA